AAUAUUACUUUUUCAUUUCUUAGUGUGUGCAAUGGCAUGCAAACUGCAACUACGUUGCGACUGGAUCCAGUGACAGGACCGUGCGCUUGUGGGACGUUCAAAGUGGGGAAUGCGUUAGAAUUUUCAUUGGUCAUCGAAGUAUGAUCCUAUGCUUGGCAAUGUCACCAGAUGGUCGUUACAUGGCAUCUGGUGAUGAAGAUGGUAAGAUCAUGAUGUGGGAUCUUGCAAGCGGAUGUUGUGUUUCCCCAUUGGUUGGUCAUUCCUCCUGCGUAUGGUCUCUUUCUUUCAGCUGUGAAGGUUCACUUCUUGCAUCUGGUUCUGCUGAUAGCACUGUGAAAAUAUGGGAUGUGACCAAGAGCUUGAAGGUGUCAAAAACUGAGGAAAACAAAAAUGGAAAAACGAACAGACUCAGAUCGUUGAAGACCUUGCCCACCAAAUCCACUCCAGUCUAUGCUUUGCAGUUCUCACGAAGGAAUCUUCUAUUCGCGGCUGGGGCUCUAACAAAAAUUGCGUGAAAAAAUAUCUCGAUGAUAUGCUGUGGACUUCAGAGAUUUUGUUCCAUUGGGUAGAGAAUCUUGUAGAAUGCACUGCCAGUCUUGCCUCCUGUUGCAUUUUAUUUUUCUAGUUGCAAUUGUUUCUUUUUCUUCUGGAUUUUUGUUGGGAAGUUUUGAAUAGUACUUUAAUUCUAGAGCACAUUAUUUCUGAGGUGCUUAAGAAAUAGUUAUGUAUCUUAAAUCCUCUCUCUGAUUCUCUAGGAGAUAAUAAGUAACACCUGUUCGUUUUUUCUUGCUUAUUUUA